AGAGAUUGGACAGCGAUAAUACUGCUAAUAACAAAUAACAAGAAGGAAAAGGAUAUAAUAACGAGUAAGACGAAUCAACGAAAGAGAGAGAAGAGCAGAGCAACCACUUCUUGUUAGUGGGUAUUAGAUUAUCAGUUUUUCAGCCUAGAGCGUGUAGGAAAAAUGCUGCACAGCCUUGGUCUUUUCCCGUACAACAAAACCAACAACACUGUGUUGACCAAUGAUGCCGGCCUACUGCUUGGUAUGCCGCCCAACUUGGUCGGCAGUAAUUUGCCUAACUUACAACAAUGCUUGCCUGGGCUUACGGAUACAGCCCUUUGGCAUUUGCAGCCUGCUUACUGCAUCACUCAGACACCUCCCGCACACUGCAUUCCGCAGCCAAUUCAGUUAGAGAAUGGCAAUGGACAGGUGUACCCGCCGCCAAUUGGUAGUUCAUUGUCUCACGCCGUCAUCCAUCCUCCGACCAGCUUGUUUGGUGGCAUCACGACCCCAGCGGCCACUCCGGCCGUCAUUGCACCGCCAAGAGUGCUUGUUCAGCAGCCUUUGAAGCCGAUGACCAUUAUGGAUCCAAUUCCGUUGCCGCAAGAUGUUUACAAUGGAUCUGACUUUGACAACAACGGGGUUUCUUCCAUUUUCGAAUUCAUUCCGAUGCCAAAGAAGACCGAUCUUACCACCGGAACUUCCAGCGGUCACUUAAGCCCAAAGAAGGAAAACGUGUUUCCAGAAGUUGAAGAACGCAAGAUCAAAACUCCAGCACCGUUUGAGCCUGUGCUCCUUGAAGAGUGUCUGCCACAGCCUAAUCCAAUUACGAUCGCAAAGAAGCCUGUUGAUAAGCCAAAGCGAUUGAUUACAAGACCAGCCAAAAUUUUGGACAAAAGAGGUUGCACUGGCACAGUGUUGACUCUGCACGCAAACUUCUUCCCGGUCCACGUGGCUCAGAUGCCGAUUUACAAGUACUCAUUGAUCAUCACCCCUAGCGUGCCCAACGAGAAGGGCGCUUUCCAGGGGGUGGUGCUUGGCUGCAGCCAGGCGCUUGGACACUUUGUUCUUCAUUACGAUUACAUCUACUGCGCCAAGAAAUUCAUGGGAAAUGCGCGCAAGUUGUUUAGCCAAUACGAGGACAACACUUAUCUGGUCACGCUGAUUGAAGAAAAUGGCGUUGGCAAUUCUGAACGGGUGGUGGUCAUCAACAAACUUCUUCGAAAGCUGCUGAAAGCGCUGAGCUGGUUCCAGGCUGGGAAAGUUUAUUUUAGCAAGGAUGACUCCUAUCAGAUACGAUCCCUAAUUGAGCGAUCAGGCGGCUGGUCUGUGAAGCCAGGAUUCUUACCAGUUGUGCUCAACUGCGAAACCGAUAUCUUGUUCAACGUUGACCUGGUGCACAUGGUGAUUCGACCAGACACUGCGUUUGAGCUUUACCAAGUCAUGCAAUCACGCAGCAAGAACUCAAACGCCGUCUUCAAGGAGGCCAUCGUGGGCGAGCACGUGGUCACCAUGUACAACGGUCGCGUUUACAAGGUCAAGGACGUCACCUUCAAAUUCAACCCGAUGACUGAAUUCAACUCUAAUGACGGCCCAACCACCUUCGUGCAUUUUUACCACCAGAAAUAUGGUGUCUCUAUUGUGAACAAGAAGCAACCGCUGCUGAUGGCACACAUCCUAAGUGAGGGAAAAGAAAAAUCUGUAGUGUAUCUUGUGCCUGAGCUGUGCUACCUCACUGGCUUCACGUCCGAGAAUCGAAGGGACUUCUUCUUGAUGAGGAACAUUUAUGACGAAAUCUCCACCACGCCAAAAGUUGGCCAGCUGAAAGUUGGCCAGUUCGUCAAAACAUUUUCCGAAGCCAAGAAUGAAAAAGUACAAGAAAUUUUGCGAGAGUGGAAAUUGUCCUUUGGCAGCGAGAUGGUCAGUUUCAAGGGACGACACCUGCCGGCCGAGCUGGCAAAGGUUCGCAGUGGACGCAACCCAAGUAGCGCCCGCAACCUCUUCGACUGGUCCGAGGACUUCCGCACGUACCGAAUGCUGCACUGCAUGCCGAUCAAGAAGUGGGCCGUGUUGGUGCCCGCGCAGCAUGUCAAGGCAAGCGACCGGUUCAUUAUAUGUCUGCAGUCGACCUGCGCCGCGCUGGGCAUCACCCUGGCCAAACCGUUCAUCAUACAAAUCGAGUCUGACGAAGUCAACUGUUACCUGCGCGAACUGAAGAAGCUGUUCGCCAAGGAGAGGCCGCAAAUCGUCGUUUUUAUCUUGGCCUGUAACCGCAAGGACAAGUACAGCGCCAUUAAGAAGUACUGCACCGUCGAACAUGGAGUUGCAAGUCAAGUGCUGACAGUGAAGAGCAUGGACCAGAAGUACGACUUCCCCGUGGCGAAGCGUUUGGCUGUGCAGCUGAACUGCAAGGUGGGUGGCACGCCAUGGAGCGUGGAGGUGCCGCUAACGCUGGGCAUGGUGAUCGGAGUGGACAUGAGCGUGGAUACGCGCAACCGCAACUCCACCUUCUGCAGCGUGGUGGCCUCGUUCGACAGCGACUUCUCGCGCUUCCAUUCCGCCACCUUUGAGUUUGCCACUGGCGAUUUUGAGCAGAUGAGCGUGCAGCUGUGCGAGCAUGUGACCAUGGCACUGCAAAACUUCAAGCUGCAGCACCACAACCUGCCCAAGGUCAUCAUUCUUUACCGCGACGGGGUCGCCAACCGAAAGCUGCAGCACAUUUUCCACAGGGAGUUGCCGCUCAUGCAGAAAUGGCUGAAUGAAGUCUACAAAGGCAGUGAAUGGCGGCUGACCUACGUUGUGGUCAAUAAGCACAGCAACACCAAAAUUUACGCCAACGGAAACGCCAACCCGCCGACAGGAACGGUCGUUGACACUUGCAUCACGAAUCCUGACAGGUACGAUUUCUUGUUACUGAGCGGCCAGACCCAGCGCAAGGCGGCUAGUUUCACCCACUACAACGUGCUCUUCGACAACACCAGUCUCACCCCAGAUCGAUUGCAGAGGCUCACGUACAAGAUGACUCAUCUCUACUUCAACAUGAAGGGUACUGUUCGUGUGCCCGCCCCUCUGCGUUACGCAUCACGCCUCGUCGCUGUUGUAAGCAACAUUUUGCACAAGCCACCACAUCCCAACUUGAGCGAUGUCCUGCAUUUCCUUUAAAAGUAGAUCAAAUGAUUCUCAAUUGUUGUUACCAAUGCCCGUCUUAAUAAUUUGAAUUACUACUUAAUAAAAUAGAUUGUAAAGUUGAA